AUGAAAAAGUUUCGAUUAAAAAAAGCACCAUUUAAUUAUACUGGCUUCUUUUUAUCUAUUAUUGGAUUUAUUCUAACAUUAUUAUGCCUAGUGGGGUGUAAAACAUCAAGUAGUAAAGGGCUUUAUUUUGUAAAAGUAACCAAUGCUGAAAAGCCAGUGAAUGGAACAUCGGUCUCCAUUUAUUAUGGUUGGCAAGCUUAUUGCAUAGAAGAUCACGAAGUAAAGUGUGUCAGUGAUCGUAGUGUUAUGAUUGUUCCAUUUGAUGUUUCAAUUGUUAAUCAGUUAAAUGCCACUUAUCCAAGUUUAUUUUUGGACGUAAUUGAACAAAAUGAUAGUUUAAAUCCAGGAGCAUCACCUAAUCCACCUCAUGAUCCUAAAAUUUUCCCCGCUGCUGUUCUUUGCUUAAUAUGUUCAGCUGCUUUACUGGUGCUAUGUGUGAUCAGAAUUAUCUUACCUGGACGUUAUCAGGAUGAAUAUUAUUCAAGAGGAUUUUUAGCUUGGGGAGCAUCUAUGUUUACCUUACUAUUACUCAUUUUGUCAUCUGUCAUGUAUCAAGGCGCUAUCAAACAGUUAAAUUUAGCCUACCCUCACCUAAUAGCUAUUCAAGGUCCUGGUAUGGCCAUGAUUGGGUUUGGUUUUGCUGCUUUUACUUUAGCAGGAUUUUUGUUAACGAGAGGCUGCAUGAGUAAUGAAUUUUCGGACACAAACGGUUAUAAUCCUCUUUAA